AUGAAAUUAGCUUACUUAGCCGGUGUUGCGGCUGUCUUGUCCCAAGUGGAUGCUUUCUCCCUAUCGGGAGCUCAGGACUAUUUUUACAACAAGUCCCCAGUUCAGAACACUUUGAAGAACAUCUUCCCAGCUCAUCUGGAUGAUAUCAGCUUCGGUACCAGAAGAAGAAGUGGUAUCAAGAAGAAGAAGAACUGGGAUGCUGUCGUGAAGAUGGAAGGCCUUGAAGGCCAUCAGUUGAGAGUUAAUAAAAUUGUUAACCCUAAGAAGCUGGGUGUCGACCCUCACGUCAAGCAAUUAACUGGUUAUUUGGACAACGAACUAGAGGACAAGCACUUCUUCUUCUGGUUCUUUGAGUCCCGUAACGACCCUAAAAAUGACCCUGUCAUCCUAUGGUUGAACGGUGGCCCAGGUUGCUCUUCUCUAACUGGUCUAUUCUUUGAAUUGGGCCCUUCCUCUAUCGACGGACAAAAAUUGAAGCCCGUCAAGAACCCAUUCUCCUGGAACUCUAACGCCUCGGUCAUCUUCCUGGACCAGCCUGUCAACGUCGGUUUCUCAUACGCUGGUAGCAACUCCAACGGGGGUGUCUCUAACACUGUCGCCGCCGGUAAGGAUGUCUACGCCUUCUUGCAAUUGUUCUUCAAACAAUUCCCACAAUACGCUGAUGGUCAAGAUUUCCACAUCGCAGGUGAAUCUUAUGCUGGUCAUUAUAUCCCUGUGUUUGCCUCUGAAAUCUUGGCUCACCCACAAAAGGAAAGACACUUCAACUUGACUUCCGUGCUAAUCGGUAAUGGUUUGACUGACCCAUUGACCCAAUACAGAUACUACAAGCCAAUGGCCUGCGGUGAAGGAAGUGGUGCUGACCCAGUCUUGUCUCCAGAAGAGUGUUCUGCUAUGGAGGACUCCCUAGAUCGCUGCUUGUCGCUAAUUGAUGCUUGCUACCAAUCUGAAUCCGUUUGGGCCUGUGUGCCAGCCUCUAUAUACUGUAACAACGCCCAAUUGGCUCCAUACCAGAGAACCGGCAGAAAUGUCUACGACGUCAGAAAAGACUGUGAAGGCGGUUCUUUGUGUUACCCAGAGCUACAAAACAUCGAUGACUACUUGAACAUGGACUACGUGAGAGAAGCAGUGGGCGCUGAAGUUGACCACUACGAAUCUUGUAACUUCGACAUCAACCGUAACUUCUUGUUCAACGGUGACUGGAUGAAGCCAUACCACAAGCAAGUUAUUGAAAUCCUAGAAAAGGGUCUACCAGUCUUGAUUUAUGCUGGUGACAAGGACUUCAUCUGUAACUGGAUGGGUAACAGAGCUUGGACCGAUGAAUUGCAAUGGAAGUACUCCUCCGGCUUUGCCCAAGAACCAGUCCGUAACUGGACUGCUUCCAUCACUGGUGAAGUGGCCGGUGAAGUCAAGAGUUAUGAAAACUUGACCUUCUUGAGACUAUUCGAUGGUGGACACAUGGUCCCAUAUGACCAACCUGAAAGCUCAUUGAGUAUGUUGAACGAGUGGAUCCACAAAUUCCACUUGUAA